GCUUCACUACAUUGCUGAAUUCUCACUUUAUCUGAGCGUCCAGGCGCAAAGUUUUGGGUUACUGUGCGUCUGCCCGCUGCGCCUUUUCUGCGUCACUUCUCCCGUGUGCCCAGAUUGAAAAAAAAACACCGCAUCCGUUAUUUUCAGUAAUAAUUUAGCUGUCAAUCAUUGCCAGUCGGACUCCCGGAGUCGAUCACUGCCGGUGCGUAUCGCGGUUUUUUUGCACAGUGUAUCCAAGCAACGAGCCCCGCACACAGAAGAGGAAGAAGAAGUGAAAGGUGCACUUCGGGUGUGUUGAUGUUUUGUUGCAAGGACGUCACAAGGAAAUAAUGAAUUAUUCUGUCCCGAUGAACGAACUCAGAACUGGACCUUUGUAUUUCUUUGACCAGCCAACCAAACAAAAUCGGAUUAAAGGGGCACGGAGCAACAUUUUGCAUGUUAAUUCGACGAAUGACGGCGUGCACGCGACGCAAAGCAGUGGAGAGAACGAGCACACGGGGGGUGCCUGUCUCGAUGAGCCCCCACGGAGGCUGUCAGGUGAAACAUGCGGAGACGUUAAACCCGAUACCUCACCCCCCGGCGGCGCUGCACCCGACACAAUGGGCCGCGAUCCAAUGGGCGCAUACAAGCGUGCGGCCCCUCGGUUGUUGGAGGAAGUGGCUCUUCUACUCUCCCAACACAAGUGGACCGAGGAGGGGCAUCUUCCCCACGGGAUUGUCAAUAUUCUGAAUUACUCCUGGGGAGAUCUGACCAGUGGGUCGAUGCGAUGGGGGAGCGCGGAACUUGCUGACACGUGUUCCGGGGAGUUGGAUGAAAGUUCAUCCCGUCGGGUGUCUGCCGGAGACCAGGCGGAGGCGGGAGAAAGUAACUCGUGUGUUGUGGAAAAAGCUGGUCCCGCUGUGAGAAAACCACCAAGCUGCUCAGACACACGCAAGAAAAAGGGAAAACCCACUUUUGGAGCUCAGAGCUCCACCGUCACUUUCCCGCUUUCAUCCAAUAGCUGCAGCCAUCCAGGUUGGAUCAUACAGCCACAGCACCCGUCCUGCGACGAGCAUCAGCCGGUCAGAUUGUGUCAGUGGGUGCUGGAGCGACUACAGGCGGCAAGAAGUCCCGAGUGUGUGGCUGUAUUCCUCCUUCGACAAAUGUUUGCCAAAAGACGGGUUAUAUUUCUAAUCAGACUUUUCUAUGGAUGACUGGAUAUGUUUGAAUGCAAAAUCAAGCUGUCCUCUGAUCAUGGCAUUUGGUACACACCUUUGUGUUUCCCCUCAAGUUGAAUUGUGAUCAUCUUUAGCCAAAAAUCA